AAUAAAAGAAAAUUGAUUGAAGAAGUGAAAAAACAGUUAUGGCUAUCCGGACCGUUAAUUUGUGUUUCUUUUUUGAAUUUUGCUAUCGAUCUCAUUUCAGUUAUGUUUGUUGGUCAUCUUGGUGAGUUACCUCUUUCUGCUGCUUCCAUGGCUACUUCAUUUGCUACUCUCACUGGUUUCAGUUUAUUGAUAGGAAUGGCAAGUGCAUUGGACACAUUAUGCGGUCAAUCUUACGGUGCAAAGCAAUACCACAUGUUAGGCAUACACACGCAGAGAGCAAUGUUCAUUCUCAUGAUCGUCGCGAUUCCCCUCGCGAUUAUUUGGGCUAACACAAGAUCCAUUCUCAUUUUACUUGGCCAAGAUCCUGAAAUAUCUACAGAGGCAGGAAACUAUAUCAAGUCAAUGGUUCCAUGCCUUUUUGCUGAUGGUCUUCUACAAUGCCUAUACAGAUUCUUGCAGACUCAAAAUAUUGUAUUUCCGAUGAUGUUUUGUGCCGUGGUUACGACGUUACUUCAUAUUCCCCUAUGUUGGGUUAUGGUUUACAAGUUUGGAUUAGGUAGUAGAGGGGCUGCCAUUGCAAUUUCAAUGUCUUUUUGGUUUAAUGUUAUUAUACUCUCACUUUAUAUUAAGUUUUCUCCUUCAUGUAAAAAUACUUGGCUUGGCUUUUCAAAGGAGGCACUAGCACUUAACAAAAUCCCUAUUUUCUUGAAGCUUGCCAUUCCUUCAGCUCUAAUGGUUUGCUUGGAAAUGUGGUCUUUUGAGUUAUUAGUUCUGCUUUCUGGUCUCCUUCCAAAUCCGAAGUUGGAAACAUCAGUGAUCUCUAUUUUUUUGAAUACCGAAGCAGCUAUUUGGAUGAUCCCAUUCGGACUUAGUGAAGCAAUAAGCAUUCGUGUUUCGAAUGAACUCGGGGCUGGUAAUCCACAGGCCACGCGUUUGGCAGUUUGUGUUGUUGUGGUGAUUGCCAUUAUUGAGAGCAUUUUCGUUGGAACGGUGAUAUUUCUUAUACGCAAUAUAUUGGGUUAUGCUUAUAGUAACGAAGAAGAAGUUGUCAAGUAUGUAGCAACACUGUUGCCAAUUCUUGCCAUAUCGCACUUCCUCGAUGGAAUGCAAUGCGUUCUAUCAGGCACGAUGAGAGGAUGUGGUUUGCAAGAAAUUGGUGCUUAUGUUAACCUGGGAGCGUACUAUUUAGUCGGAGUUCCAGUGGCUGUUGUAUUAGCUUUUGUAUUGCAUUUCGGUGGGAAGGGCCUGUUACUGGGGAUGAUAUGUGCAUUCAUUGUUCAAGUACUCGCUCUAAUGAUCAUUACCAUACGCACGGAUUGGGAGAAAGCGACAAAGAACGCUUCUGAUAGAGUCAACGAUUCUAUAACAAAUGAGAGCUUAGUCUCGUGA